UUCCCCCCGGGCUGCUGGCACCGGGCCGCGCUGUCACAUGACGCCGCCGCCUCCCUCGCCCUGCCCGGCUCCCCGGGAGGGUCACGGAGGGGAGCGCGGCCGGGCGGGGACGGAGGGAGGCAGGGAGGGAGGCAGGCAGGCAGGAGGGCGGCUCCCCGCCCGCGGGGUGGAGGCUCCGCCGAGGGGCCGGGGCGAGUCGCAGCGCACAAACAGGCGGGCACGCCGUGACUCCCCGCCGCCCGCCCUGCCUCCCGGGGGCAGCCGGCCUCGCGCAGACACUAAUUAUCCGCCAGCAGCCCCGGGAGGGGCGGGGAGCGGGACAACCACCGCCGACAAACCUGCCCGGCCGGCUGCUCCUCCCCUCUCCUCCCCUCCCCUCCCCACCCGCCUGGCGGCCGGCCUCGCAGCGCGCCCCUUCCCCUCCCUCCUUCCCUCCCUCCGCGCCCACCCCGGCCGACCCGCGGCGGCACUGCAGCCGUCACGGCCCGGGGGGAAGGAAGGGAGGAGGGAGGGAGGGAGGGAGGUGCUCGCUCUGGGGCGCUGCUGCUGCCGCCGCCGCCGAGUUGGCUUCGCCGGCGGGGGCUGGGAGAGGGGAGCGGGGCGAGGCGAGGCCGGGCGGCCGGCGUGGGGCAGAGGUGUGGGGCCGCCUCCGCCCCGGCUUGGCGGCUCGCCCGCUGCCGGCCGCCUGAGGCCCCGGGCGGGGAGAGGCGCCUCACGCUCCGCGCCGCCGGGGCCGAGGCCCGCCCGGGGGCACCGGCCUGAGGCGGCCCCGGCUCGGCCCUCCCCGGGGCUCCGCUGGGCUGGAGGCAGCAGUCGGCCCGGGACGGUGCUUGCUGCUGGAGGCUGUGGUUUUGCACGUACGGUCCGUGAAACAGGAGCCGCUUGUCUCUGUGCCCGCCUGUGGACCGAGGGAUUUCACUUGGAGCGGUGUUUGCUGCAAUAAAGUAAAAUAAAAUCCUGGCCUGCCGCCUCAGCUCUGUUGCUCAGGCAAAGGUUCUGCCCCUAACACACCAUAUGUUGUAUAUAAGGUGUUAUAUGUUCAUUGUGCCAUGUAAAACCCUGUCCUGUUCAGAUUGGUAAAUGGUACCUAACACGUCAACCAAAAGGCAACUGCUGCCCUUGGCAAAGCUCUGUCCUGCAGUGUGAACUGUGGACAGAUAAAAAGCUUUCUGAGGGUGGAGAAGUCACACUGUGGGACUCUUGAUUACACGCUUGGUCCUGUGGGUAACGUCAGUGGUGGGUGCUGGGCAUGUCCAGCUCCCUGGGAUCAGCCGGUGUAUUCAACUCCCUGACUGGGCAUGACCCCAGUGUAACUCACCUCUGGAUGCUUGGGUGGUUGUUAUUUCUGUUCUCUUUGAUUAUUACUAAGUCAAUAAAGCUGUAAAAGCAAAACACAGAAGGA